UGUUGCUGUGCUGCCAAACUUUCUCAGUUUGUCUUCAUUGGCUGGCGGCGCCGUCUUUCCAGCAUCUCAGCAUCCCCUCUGCUGGAAGCAGCUGAAAGCUUCUUGAAAUAUCUACAAAUCGAGUAUCUCCGACCGCAAUAGCAGCUCAACCCGCUUUCCGAACAAGCUGUUCGAUCAGGUUUUCGAACCAUGGCUUCGUCUGCUUGCAUCAGCUCUCAAGCUCUGUCUGUCAGCAGAAGCACACACUGUCCCCAGCAGACACAUAGUCACCAGCCUCACUUCUCGCUGACAUCAGCGCUCGUGCCCUGUCAUCUACGAGGAGCAGCAUUCGCCUCCACAUUCCUCCCCACAGCCUCAGCUUUACAGAGCAGUCCCAAUGGAAGAAUCAGAGAAAGUCGUUGUCCAAGAGUGCAGAGACGCUUUGCAAUUCGUGCUCAAAGUCAUGGCGAUGAAGUUAGCCCUAACCAACCCCCAACCACAACUGGAACCGCUCUUCUAGACCGUCCAGUAGAGUCCGUAACCACAACGUCGACCGGAAGCGACUUACAGGAGAAGGACAAGGUCGGAAAAGCAUUCAAUGUGGGCGGGAAGCCUCCGGAAAAGGGCGGGGGCAUAGCAGGCUUAGUGGGGUCGGUUAGCGAGAGGGCAGUGUCAAACCUGAUCGGUCUACUGUACAAACCAGUGGAAGAGACUAACCCCAUUUUGGAGGGGAACUUUGCGCCUGUGAAUGAGAUCGGCAAGCGAGCAAGGGUGGACGUGAUUGAGGGUGCAAUUCCGGCCGACUUCCCUGCAGGGGCGUAUGUGCGAGUCGGUCCCAACCCCUACUUCCCACAGCGCACUCUCAAAAGCCCCUUGGGGCGCACGGCCCAUCACUGGUUCGAAGGUGACGGGAUGCUCCAUGCCACGUCAUUCGAAAAGAACGAUAGCGAAGAACAAGCGGUCUUCUACAAGAACAAGUACCUUGACACACCGGGGUUGAGGCUUGAGAAGGAGAGGGGGCGGCCGCUGUUUCUGGGGACCGUGGACUGCGAUCAAGGCACGCUGAUCGCAAACGCGCUGCUGAACCAGGCGCGGUUCGGGGCCGGAAACAAGAACACAGCGAACACGUCCGUCGUUCUGCACUCCGGAAAAGUGUACGCCGCUUGGGAGGGCGGCUCUCCGACGAUUUUCUCGUUACCGGACCUCGAAACCCAGGGUUUCCCGGAGUGGUUCGAGGGCUGGAAACGCCCCGUAACCGCUCACCCGAAAGUUGACCCCGUUACAAACGAAAUGAUGUUCUUUGGGUUCGACGUACCGAAGCCGCACGCGGUCUACGGUGUCCUUUCUCCGGAAGGAGAGAUAGUCCACAAGGUGGACCUGAACUUCGAGCGCGCGACGUUUAUGCACGACAUGGCUAUCACAGAAAAGUAUACUCUGUUUCUGGAUCUGCCUCUGACUUUGAGCACGGAGCGUCUGAAAGAAGGGAAGCCGCUGAUUGAUUUCGAGACCGACAGCUUUGCGCGCGUUGGCGUGAUUCCCCGCUUUGGGAACCAGGACUCGCUCAAGUGGUUCGACGUACAGGCAGGCUUUGCUUUCCACGUCCUGAACGCUUUCGAGGACGGGGAUGAGGUGGUUCUCCACGGACAGCGCAGCCGCAGCGUGGGGCUCACUCCGCCCCGGGGGAUGACCCCCCAGGACUACUUCCGCCGCGGAAUCCGGCCGACCCCGGCGGAAUCCGCCGAAGACCCGCUGCUUGACGGCGGACUCGUUAACAACCUGUACGAAUGGAGGCUCGAUAUGCAAACCGGGGAAACCAACGAGCGGAUGCUGUCUGACUGGAAAGUGAGCGGGGACUUCCCCCGGGUUAACGAAAACCACCUGGGCCGGAGGACGAAGUAUGGAUACGUGGCGGUGCAUGACAUAGAGGCGUGCAUUGAAGCAGCGCUCCCUCUGUACGGUGGCAUUGGGAAGUUUCACAUACCAGCAAACGCAAAGGAAUCAGAGCUGCCCGUGAGGAUGGAUCUCCACACUUUCGGCCCCGGGAGGUUUGGCGGUGAACCGGUCUUCGUUCCGAGACCCGGGGGAAAGGACGAAGAUGACGGCUGGCUGGUGACGUAUGUCUAUGACGAGAACACCAACGAGUCGGAAAUGUACAUCAUCGACGCAAAGGAGGUGGAUAAGGAAGCGCCCACCGCGCGCAUCAAGAUUCCGCAGCGGAUUCCCUAUGGGUUCCACGGCCAAUGGAUUCCCGCGUAAGCAUGCAUUCGUGUUCGUUUGAAAAAUUGCCGACUAGGCUGUACGGAUUUUCGGGAAACCUUGGUCGUGUGUUGCAAAGUCGGUGCCACGGUGAAGGGAUAGCUGUGUAUAUAAUUCUUCUGCAAAAAUUUCUGAAACGAUAGGUUGCUAGCUCGAUUCUUGUAAGCAAGCGUGUAAGGAGAUAUUAUGUUGGACGAUCAUCAAUUCUUACGGUUAGACUCGUGUUGACUUAGAAGAUGCUAGAUAUGGAAAAGGACGAUUGUUAAUAUGCCACGAGAUAUCAAGGAGCGCCCACCAUUUAUCCUCGAGUCUAGCUACCAAGUUGGUCACUGGCCCGCCGG